AUGGAAUUUAAAGAAAAGGGGAAUAAGGAGUACGCAGCAGGCAAUUGGGAGGCGGCAGCGGAAUUGUUCACACGGGCGCUGGCGGUGGAUCCGGAUUUCGGGGUAUGCCUGGCAAACAGAGCCGCGUGCUGGAUCCAUUUAGGCCGCUGGUCGGCAGGGCUGAGCGACUGCGAGGCUGCCGUAACCAAGUCGCUGGCCCCUCAGGUUAAAGUCAAGGUUUAUUGGCGUAAAGCCAAAUGCCUGCAGGCGCUGGGGCAGCCCGUGGGCGAGACCCUGGUCCAGCUGCGGGCACUUGAUCCCGACAACAAGGAGCUGCACGCCAUGCUCCAGCCGGUCCCCGUAGUCGCCAUAGACUCGUUGCCGGCGUUUUCAGAAGCACCUGCACCGCCAAAGCCGUCCAAUUGGACCCCGCCGGGCCGGCCAAUCGCUUAUGCAACCAUUCAGUCAUUACUGCGACAGAAGCGUCCCGAGGCGGACGACUUUGCCUUCUCCAUCGAGCCCCAGGAGCUCGUGGCCGCCCACCGCGGGAUUGGCAUUGAUCCGGAGGUGAUUGACUACUACCACGACUUAAUCGCCGCGCGUGGCGGAACCCACGGUGCCGCCCUGCUGCGUGCCUUGAAAUCGUGCGACCGCUACUCUUCUGCAGAAUUUUUGGCCGACGAGUCCCUGGCGGCUGCAGCGUCAAAAGCCGUUUCGUAA